AUGGGUAUUUUGAGUUAUGACAGGAAAGCUGAGCUCACAGCGUUCGACGAAACCAAAACCGGGGUGAAAGGACUUGUAGAUGCCGGAAUAACGGAGGUCCCUCGGAUAUUCCUCCUACCUUCCCCUGAAAACUUAAACUCCGACCAAGAGCUUAGUCUUCCGACCAUCGACCUUAAAGGAAUCCAUGAAGGUCCUAUUCGGAGAAAGCAGGCGAUGGAAGAAGUGAAGGAUGCGUUGGGGAGUUGGGGGUUCUUUCAGAUGGUGAAUCAUGGAAUUCCAGUUGACGUGUUGGAGGAGAUGAAAAAUGGAGUUUUAGGGUUUGUUGAGCAGGAUACUGAGGUGAGGAAGCAGUGGUACACGAGGGACCGCUCUAGGAGGAGGGUGGUGUAUAACAGCAACUUUGACUUGUACUCUGCACCGGUGGCUAACUGGCGAGACUCUUUCGUGUGCAGAAUGUAUCCUAAUCCUCCCCAACCAGAAGAGUUGCCAUUGCCUUGCAGAGAUAUUUUGUUGGAGUACUCGAGCCAAGUAAUGAAACUCGGAUGUUCUAUAUUGGAACUGAUGUCCGAGGCUCUAGGGCUCCAACCUAAUCACCUUUUGGACAUGGGAUGUGCCACACAACUUCAAGUAACAAGCCAUUACUAUCCUCCUUGUCCACAACCUGAGUUAACAAUGGGCAUAACCGAACAUAGUGAUGCUGGUUUCAUUACGAUUCUUCAACAAGAUCAGAUUGGUGGUCUCAAGGUCCUUUACAAGGACCAAUGGACCCAUGUUCAUCCAAUACAAGGAGCUCUUGUUGUAAAUGCGGGAGAUCUUUUACAGCUAAUUACAAACGACAAGUUUGUUAGCGCACGACACAAAGUAGUGGCAAACAAGGUCGGUCCACGAAUAUCGGUGGCUUCAUUUUUUUUGACAGACCUGAUGACUCAAAACCCUAAGGUAUUAGAACCGAUUAAAGAGUUGCUUUCUGAGGAUAAUCUACCCAAGUAUAGAAGCACGACCGGAAAAGAAUUUUUGGAUUACUUCUACAAAAAAGGACUUGAUGCCACACCUGCUCUUACGUAUUUCAAGAUAUAG